AUGACUAUUGCUGCAUAUGCGUAUGAAACAAAUGAAGCAAGAAGAGCACAUGAACUAGUAAACGAAAACUCAACUUUAACCAUUGAAGGCAAUGAUUUAGUCAUUGACGAUGGAAAAACUAAAAAAGUCAUUGAUUUCGAUACUUUUAACACUUAUGACCCAUUCAUUACAACAAGCAAGGUUCCUAUCAUAAAUGAUGGAACGGUGCAAUAUAUAAAUUCUACAGUAGAUGCCUCAUUAGUGAAAGUAUUAAAUGUUCUCAUUGAAUUGUUAAAGAGCUUUCGAUUUGACGACAACAUUAAAUGCCUAAAGAAUUUAGUCAUGAAUGAGAAACAAAUUCUCGGCGUUGCUGGUAGCAGUAAUGAUGUACACCUUAUGACAUUAGAAUAUUAUAACGAACAUAAAGAUGAACUGAAAGGAGAGAAGGGUGACACCGGACCUCAAGGACCACAAGGAAUACAAGGAAUACAAGGAAUACAAGGACCUCAAGGCGAAAACGGUUUGGAUGGUGAAGAUGGAAAGGAUGGAAAAACUGCUAAAUCAUGGAUAUGGAACCUUAUAAAUACUGGUUUAACAGCUGCUUCAUAUGGAGUUCUUCAAUACCAAAUCGGAAAGAUAUGGGCAGUACUUGGUGAAGAAGUUUUAGAUGACGUUAAAAAUGCUUUGAACUUCAUUUCAAAUGGUUCGGAUACUAUUAAAACUUUAUCUGGUUGGAUGCAAGAAACAAGGAGUCAAAUAGAUACUGUAAGACGUAUAGCAAACAAUGCACGUACGGGAUUGGAUACUUUACGAGAAGCACAAAAUACACUAAAGGAAGCA